GCGUCAAGCAAAACGAGCAGAAAUACCAAAAGAAGAGUGGGUUACUCAUUUAUUAUCUUUUCCUUCACCUGACAUAACAAAAUUAAUAGCAAGAGAAUCUAAAGAACAAACAUACAACAAUGAUCAUGUUACGGAAAUUUUAAUGAAGAGGCUUAAGCUAAGUCCAGAAAAAUUUAGAAACAAAUUUAUUCAGCACCAAAAGAAGUUCGAUAAUAGUUGGAAAGAUUUCGUUUUUGAAUUAAGGAACUAUUUAAAUGAAUGGGUUCAAGGAUUGGAAGUAAAAGAUUUUGAAACCUUGCUGGAUCUAAUGGUUACUGAUCAAUCUAAACGAAGAGUUCCCAAUGAAGUGCGUGAUCAUUUUAUAGACACUUGGUCAAAAAUAACUUCAUCUACAAAGCUGGCAGAAAUACUUGACGAGUACGAGAAUGUACGUGGAAGUCGCAAACGAAUUGACUUGCAGGUAAAUUCUGAAAAUCGGAGAUUCAAUUGGCGAGAAGAAAAUGCCACACGGAAAAAUUCACAGGGAGCUACUUCAAAGAAUGGCCGAAAUGACGAAAAUAAAAGAAAAUAUGAGUUCAAGCAAGCAAAUUAUGAUCAAUUUGAUAGACGUACGCCUUUAAAAUGUUACGAAUGUGGAUCUACUAAUCACUUACGACCUCAGUGCUCGAAGCUUAAGUGCCAAAAGCCACCCGCUCAAGUUAAUCGAAUUGGAGUAGGACACGAAGAAGACAAAUUACUAACUCCGUACACUCUUAUGGCUGAAGUAAAUGGAGUUAGGAUGCCAGUUCUUCGUGAUUCAGGUGCAACUAUUGAUAUCAUAUGCCGAAAAUAUGUGACUCCGGAUAUGUUUACGGGCGAAACUGUGUGGAUACAACAACCAUUAGAUGAAGGCCCAACUUGUUUACCAUUAGCAAAAGUUUCGAUAUCUGGUCAGUUUGGCGACAUUGUAACCAAAGCGGCUGUGGUUAGAAGUGAGUUGAAUAAAGGUCGAUAUCUCCUUGGCAAUAGAACAGCGGCUAGAUUGUCAAAUCUGCAAAUGACGCCAAUGCAAAUUUCAGAGUUAAAUGCAGUUAAUACCAGAUCGCAAGCUCGUUUAAAAGCAGAAAAUGAAGAAUAUGAGCAACAAAAUUCGAACGAUACCGAAAACUCUUCCGAACAAGAUAAUAAAAAUCAAGAAAUUAUUUUAGAUGAAAAAGAUGACGAGCCAGUUUUAGAAACGGAUGCCGUCAGUUCAGAAAUGGAAGAGAUAUUACCAACUCUAAAUGCCAACUCUGAUGAACUUUCUUUAAUACAGGUAGAUCACGAUGAAUUCGUUAAAGCUCAACAGGAAAGUGCCGAGUUAAAAUCAGUUUUUAAAACUGUGGAAGAAGGUAUUCAAAAUCAAAACAGUAAACAUCGCUAUCUGGUUGAAAGAAAACUUCUUUUUAAGUGCCAAGAAGGACGAUUAGGAGAAAUAAAAAAACUUUUAGUUAUACCUGAGAAAUUUAGAAGCCGAAUUUUAAAGUUAUGUCAUGAAAGUAUUUCCGGACACCUUGGCGUAACCAAAUCCAAACAUAGAGUGGCGCGAUAUUAUUUUUGGUCAAAAUGCUAUAAAGAGAUGGAAGAAUUCGUACGAACCUGCAAUAGUUGUCAAAAAGCGGGGAAACCAAAUGAUAAAAAAAGGCUCCUUUAAAAAUUGUACCGGUCAUACAGGAAAUAUUCUCAAAACUAAACGUUGAUGCAGUUGGUCCUCUUCCCACCACGCCAAGUGGAAAAAGAUACUUGAUUACAGUCAUUCGUAUGUCGUCAAAAUA